AAAGGGGUGUGACUAGUUGCCCCGGGAUACGGAGCGGGAAGGAGGGGAAGAAAGAAAGAAAAGAGGGAGGAGCCGCCUGGCGGGGAAGGGGGCGGAGCCGCCGCGCGCGGAAUGGGAAGGCUCGUUGGGGCCUCCUCCAUCUUCCCAGACCGCCGCGUUGCCGCUGCCUGAGGAGAAGAUGCCACAAAGGGGCUGCGCAGCCAACGCCACCGCCCGCUCGACCUCCGGCCUGGCAGGCUGAGUGAAGAAAAGGGGGCCUUCUUUUGAAUAUCAAAUGUGUAUCUCCAGUGAGAAUGUCAGAAUCUAAACCAGCCAUUUUCCAUCCAUUCCACUUAUUACAAACUCCUAUGAUGCAAAGGCCACUAUUCAGGAUCCAAAAAACAUUGCUCUUAAAACUGUCUAGAUGAUUGUCGUUGCUUUGAUUGUGUUCUAUGUGAGCAGAAGCCUUCUCCGAGGUUUACGGCUGACUCUUGAACAGCAUAUUCGUUGUUUGCUGCAAACCUUGGGGGAUACCAGCAUGGGCAAUUCCUGCAUUUGUCGAGAAGAUAGCGGGGCAGAAGACAAUGGGGAGUCCAGGAGUCGCCAGGCAGAGAACAGCAGAAUACCAGUACCUGAAACAAGGAGCCAUUUGAGAGACCCAGUAAGACCCCCACGGCGGGGCCGGGGGCCGCAUGAACCAAGAAGGAAGAAACAGAAUGUAGAUGGAUUAGUACUUGACACAUUGGCAGUAAUUCGGACGCUGGUUGACAAUGACCAGGAACCUCCUUUUUCGAUGAUGACUUUGCACGAAAUGGCUGAAACAGAUGAAGGCUGGCUGGAAGUUGUCCAAUCCUUAAUUAGAGUUAUUCCAUUAGAAGAUCCCCUGGGACCAGCUGUUAUAACUUUACUACUGGAUGAGUGUCCAUUGCCAACAAAAGAUGCACUGCAGAAGUUAACAGAAAUACUGAAUUUAAGUGGAGCUGUAGCUCGCCAGGAUGCCUGUCAUCCUGCCAAACAUCGGAACACAACUGCAGUACUGGGCUGUUUGGCAGAAAAACUUGCAGGCCCUGCAAGUAUAGGUUUACUCAGCCCAGGAAUAUUGGAAUACUUACUGCAGAGCUUGGAUUUCCAGUCCCAUCCCACAGUAAUGCUUUUUGCACUAAUAGCCCUGGAAAAGUUUGCACAAACCAGUGAAAAUAAAAUCACAGUGUCAGAAACAUGCAUUAGUGACAUGCUUGUCUUAUUAGAGAAAUGGACAAAUCACCCAGACUAUUUAAAACGGCAAGUUGGAUUCUGUGCCCAGUGGAGUUUGGACAAUCUAUUUUUGAAAGAAGGCAGACAGUUUACAUAUGAGAAAGUUGACUUGACCAACAUUAUGGCCAUGCUGAAUAGUAACGAUGUCAGCGAAUACCUUAAGAUCUCACCGCAUGGGCUGGAGGCUCGAUGUGACGCCUCCUCUUUUGAAAGCGUUCGAUGUACCUUCUGUGUGGAUUCUGGAGUUUGGUACUAUGAAGUCACAGUCAUUACUUCAGGAGUAAUGCAGAUAGGCUGGGCUACCAAAGAUAGCAAAUUUCUCAACCACGAAGGUUACGGUAUUGGGGAUGAUGAGUACUCCUGUGCAUAUGACGGCUGCCGGCAGCUGAUUUGGUAUAACGCCAGAAGUAAACCACAUUCCCACCCAUGCUGGAAGGAAGGUGACACAAUAGGAUUUUUGCUAGAUCUACAAGAUAAGAAAAUGAUUUUUUAUUUAAAUGGAAACCAGCUUCCUGCUGAGAAGCAAGUCUUUUCUUCUGCUGUGUCUGGCUUCUUUGCUGCAGCUAGUUUCAUGUCUUACCAACAGUGCGAGUUCAACUUUGGUGCAAAACCUUUCAAAUAUCCACCGCCCGUUAAAUUUAGCACCUUCAAUGAUUAUGCCUUCCUGACAGCAGAAGAGAAAAUAAUUUUACCAAGACAUAGACGCCUGGCCUUGUUAAAGCAAGUUAGCAUCCAAGAAAAUUGCUGCACUCUUUGCUGCGAUGAAAUAGCAGACACAGAACUCAGGCCGUGUGGGCACAGUGAUCUGUGCAUGGAGUGUGCCUUGCAACUAGAGACCUGCCCCUUGUGUCGACAGGAAAUACAGACCCGAGUUCGACAGAUCGCUCACAUUUCAUGACACGUGGGAAAAAAAUCUCAUGGAUUUUGCCUCUAAUCCAUUCCAUCCAGUGCCAGAGGGGGGAGAAGGGCAUCUUGAGCCAGUCAGUAGACCUGCUGAACGUCCAGCCGUGCCCUGGUUUCCAUACUGGACAAGAGCCUUUUCUCUCCUAGGAUCUGUGAAAGUGACUCCACUGCCUCAGAGCUGUGGAAUCUUCUUUUAACAGCAAUGAAAGUUGUAUGGGCAACACAGAGUUACCUGUUUGGUUUGUCUGUAGCCAAGACUGCUGGAGUCUCCUUUUCUUUCCCUCACUACCCCCACCCCUUUCCUUCCUCCAUCUUUCCCUGCUCCUUCCGCUUGCAGUUCACACGCUGAAGAUUUUGCACUGGAAAUGUUAUGGUUCAUGAUACCCCUAAAUUGGGGACAUAUCCAUCUCUCAGACCUUUUUUUAAAAUUUUGGCAGCCAUCAUGCACAUGAAACAAAAUACCAAUAUUUCCUGGUCAAUGUAGCUUCCUGCUGGUCAGAGAGACCCUCUGUACUUUUUGGACUGUUGACAUGAAAACAUUCAAAGACUUGAAAUCUACAUGAAGAAACUGAUUUUGUACAGAAGGUGCAGAGACUAUAGAAGAAUCCAAAUUUUUUUGAUAACUCAGUGAUUCCAAAGAACAUUGAUCCUUUUGGUUUUUUUAACUACAGAAACUUGGUGGUUAUUUUCAUUUGUUGUGUUUCUAAUUACUUCAGUAUCUACAUUUUUGUGAAAACAAAAUUUCAGAAGGAAUCCUUAACAAUAAUCACAGUGCUGGACUGGAGAGUUUGUUAUUUUGGGUGUUUUAAGGUACCAUCUGUCAUUGCUUUUUUUAAAAAAAAAAUAUUCUUGCAGGUUCUGUACAUUUAAAAAAUACUGAGGUAUAGAUCUCAAGAUCUGGAAAGAAUACAGAGCAAAUGUGUUGAUAUCAUUUUGAAAGAAAAUACAUGUUUGAAUAGCAAAGUCAGCCUAGGUUUGUUAAAUUGCAGGGUUUUUUAAGGAGACUCUUAAACCCAUGACCGUUUUAUUUUUACUAAGUUUGUGGCCACAUACCAUGCAUUCAUACUCAGGCUUUUCCAUGAGCUUGUGAAAUGGCAGGGCUUUAAAAGUGCAACAAAGAAGUCCCAAGAAAUUCAUACAGUUGUAUAUUUAUGUGUGGUUUGGUACAGGCCUUCAGUCGGGAAGCAGAAAAAGGCAUUUCAAUUUCAUAAGCAUCUUGGCUUCUUAAUUAUUCAAACAAAAGUAUGGUUCUAGCCCAUAUGACUGUGAAAAUGUACUUCAUAGCACAUGCACAUAGUGCUUAAUGAGGUCUCAGAAGCCAGAGAGGUAGCUUAAAACGUGUGCCUGGGAUUGGGGAUUUGGUGCCCUGCAUAUCUCUUUGCCCCUCAUCACUCUCCCCAGUUAGGAGAAAUUAAGCAAAUUUCCUUGAUUCAGGGGGUGGGGUGAAAUUCAGUAUUUCUUGCUGCACUUAAAACAAAAUUAAACUUUGUAGAGAGAGUGCACAGCCUUAGAUCUGGUCCUUCUCAGUUUCAAUUCAGUUUUACACUUCUGUCCCAAAUACAUUUGCUUUGAAAUAAGUUUUAAAUUUUA